UGCCGGCUUGUUACGUGUUGCAUUCGCUGGAUGCGUGGGUGGAAGGUUUGCCAGAGGGAGAGUUUUGCUCUGAAGAAGAGCAAGAGUAUGAGGAUGCCAAUGGGAGCAGAGCUCUGGAGAAGGCGGUGUCUGUGAGGAAGCAUUACUGGAAAUGGGUUAGUCCUGAUUCCAUUCAUUCUUGAUUUCACUAUUUUGGGGCUGUGUAAUUUAGUUGAAUUAUUCUAAGGUCUUAAUAGGUUUUUGGUUUUGGUUUUGGCCUGGUACGACAAUGUUCGUGUUGUCGAUCAUGGUUGAAGAUCUUGAGAUGUUAAUUUAAUGAAAUACCAGUUCUAGAAUAUAGGACAGUAUAAAGGUAAUCAUGUGAAAAUGAGGAGUUGCUUACUUCACUUUUGAGCUGACGUUCAAAUUCAGAGUUCUGUUCAUUGUGAGUUGUACAAUUCUAGUUGAUUCAAGUUUGAAACUUUAUAUCGCCUUAUCAUUCUGGAUUGUAUUUCUUACUUUGUUUCUGAUAAUGUGAAACAUAUUUUCUUUUCUGGUAUUAGGGUCAAUAAGUGAAUAUUAGUAGAGGACUGUGUUUUAUCUACGAACAAAACAGGGUUAGGAUUGCCGAAGCAGAUUGCCAGAUUCCACUAGUUAAAUAAGCAAGCUUGUAGUCUGAAUGGUGAUGUAAUUAAUUAUGAAUUUAUGAAGAAAUAUUGUGAAGUAGUGUUCUCUUGUUUCGAGCUCAUCUGAAUGUGAAAGCAUCAACUAGAAAAGUGAAAUUUCAGUUGGUGAUUUGUAGAAUGGGACUUUGUUUUAUAAUGAACAGAUUGUUUUAGA